AUGGAAGGCGCCGGCGACUUCACCUUCGCCGUGGCCGCGCCUCUGGCAGGCGCCGGCGGCCGACGGGUAGGCGCCGGUCUGCUGUACCCGGUCUUCGGCCAGCCGCGGUCACCGCCGCGCCAGCGGGCUCUGGAGACGGAGACGACGACGGCCACCGCGCGCGUGCCGCUCGGGCGGCUUCUGCUCGUGGACGCGUUCCGAGCAGAAGCGGAGCAGCAGCAGCCGGACGGCGGGGACAAGCGGGCAAAGACGUGCUACUGUUCGUGGUGCCCCGGGUCGCCGGCUGCGGUGGCAGCGUCAGCGUCAUGCCCGGCGCGCUGCCGGAAGAGCAGCUCCACGGGGUCGGUCCUCCGGUGGAGCCAGCGGCUCCUCGGCCGGAGCCACAGCGACGGCAAGGAGAAGUUCGUCUUCUUGGACGCGAGCCCCUCCCGCUCCAGGCGCAAGGGGGUCAGGGGCGGCGGCCCCGAGGGUGCCGGUGGCGUCGGCGGCCACGCGCACGUCUGGAGCUCCUACGCGCACAAGGGCGGUGGCAACGAUGGGCGCCGGAGGUCGUUCCUCCCGUACAGGCAGGACCUCGUCGGGCUCUUCGCCAACGCCACCGCGUUCCGGCGGACCUACCACCCCUUCUGA